CGGCCGCAUGCUCGGGCAGAAGUGGGUCAGCGGCGCCGCGGAGGGGCAGGUGCCAGAGCCGCCCGGUGCCUCCCGGUGCCGCCCGGUGCCUCCCGGUGCCACCGUUCCCCGCCCCGCCGCAGGGACCCCCGCGCCGCCCCAUGCGCCCCCCGGCGCGGUCCUGAGCGCCGCUGGCCACGAUGCGGGCCCAAAUUGAAGUGAUCCCGUGCAAGAUCUGCGGAGACAAGUCCUCGGGGAUCCACUACGGCGUUAUCACCUGUGAAGGCUGCAAGGGUUUUUUUCGGAGGAGCCAGCAGAACAACGCCAGCUACUCCUGCUCCCGGCAGAGGAACUGCCUGAUCGACCGCACCAACCGCAACCGCUGCCAGCACUGCCGCCUGCAGAAAUGCCUGGCGCUGGGCAUGUCCCGCGACGCGGUGAAGUUCGGUCGCAUGUCGAAGAAGCAGCGGGACAGCCUCUACGCCGAGGUGCAGAAGCACCAGCAGAGCCAGGAGCAGAGCGGCGGCACCAAGGAUGAGCCCGAGCCCCUGAGCCGCGUCUACACCACCAGCGUCAGCAGUGGGCUCUCGGACCUGGAUGACAUUUCCACGCUGUCGGACGGGCUCCUCUUUGAAUUCCCCCUCACCCCCGAUGGCAGCAGCACCUACUACAACCUCGACCUGCUCGCCUCGGCGCAGCCCUCGCCUGACCAGUCCAGCCUGGACGUGGCUGAUGCCACGCUUAUCAAGCAGGAGUCCAUCUACGAGCUGAUGCUGGAGCCAGCCCUGUUCGCACACGGCGCGCUGGAGGGCGGCCAGCUGGCUGCCGAUAUCUCGGUCCUCGAGAUCGACCGGGUAGCCCAGAACGUGGUGAAGUCGCACCUGGAGACGUGCCAGUACACGACGGAGGAGCUCAAGCGCCUGGCGUGGACCCUCUACUCCCCCGAGGAGGUCCGCGCCUUGCAGAGCAAGAGCUGCGAGGCCAUGUGGCAGCAGUGCUCGCUGCAGAUCUCCAAUGCCAUCCAGUACGUGGUGGAGUUCGCCAAGCGCAUCGACGGCUUCAUGGAGCUCUGCCAGAACGACCAAAUCAUUCUGCUGAAAGCCGGUUGCCUCGAGGUGCUCCUGAUCCGCAUGAUCCGUGCGUUCAACCCCUUGAACAACACCGUCCUCUUCGAGGGGAAGUUUGGUGGCGUGCAGAUGUUCAAGUCGCUUGGCUGUGACGACCUCAUUGGCGCCGUCUUCGAGCUGGGGAGGACCCUGUGCCGCCUGCAGCUGUCGGACGAGGAGCUCGCCCUCUUCACCGCUGCCGUCCUGCUCUCCCCAGAUCGCCCGUGGCUGACGGAGUCCAAGAAGGUGCAGAAGCUCCAGGACAAGAUCUAUGUGGCCCUGCAGCAUGAGAUCCAGAAGAAACACUCUGCCGAGGACAAGCUCUCGAAGAUGGUUUCCAAGCUGCCCUUGAUGAAGACCAUUUGCAACCUGCACUUGGACAAGCUGGAAUUUUUCCGUCUCCUGCACCCGGAGACCGCCAUGAACUUCCCACCCCUCUAUAAGGAGGUCUUUAACUCGGAGCUUCAGUACAGCGACCCACGGGAGAGCUAAGGCUGGGAGCCGCCAGCCUCCUUCGAGUUCCCCAAAAUUUGGAGACGAACUAAACUUCAGAGGUUUGGGGCAGUUUAUUUAAAUCAAAUAAUCAAACUCAAGAGAACCCAGGGGGCUGGGGUAUAUCCCUGGCCCCGUUUCCUCGCUGUGGAUUGCAAUAGCUCUUGAAUGUAAAGCACCUUGAAGGAAAAAGCAAACGGACUUUGCCAUACCAGUGAAAUGAAUGUGAAACUUCUGCUCGGGAGAGGAGAUGCUCCUGGCAGUGGUAAGGGACCAACUCCUCCCCACAGUGCACGGACCCAGGGGAGCGCACGCCACGCACACGCCGCCACGCUCGCGGCACAGCCCUUCCCGCUGUCCUGGCUGCACUCCAUUGCUGAUUUUUAUUUUUUUUUAAUUAUUAUUUUUAUUUUAUUUUUUUUACCCAAACACAAGGCAUGGGAUAAAGAAGGGGCAAGGCAGACUUGGCUGGAUAGGGGUGAACCAGGCCAGUGGGGGCAGCUUUGGGCUCCCGGCUGGAGCCGAGGAGAAGGCGAAGGCAGAGCCUUUGCUUUAUUUCUUCUCCCAUGGGUGCAGCAAGCCCGCAGGGCAUGGGGUGACCUCAGGAGCUUGGCUGAGAAAGACCUGGCUGUGGCUGGAGGGGGAUUCAGCACAGGAUUUUCCCAUGGAGGAGGCUGGUUUGAGGGAAAGGAUGCCCAAUGCAUCGGGGAAAAGCUUUGCAGGGUCUCCGUGCUCUCCAUCGCAGCAUUUUUCCAAAUGCCUGGCCAACUCCCCAUCCAGCUGGCUGACCACCUGGCUUUUCGGAGCUGAUUCGGCAGGUCUGCCUACCUCAUGCCAUCUUUCCACAUCCCGAGCGCUUUUCGAAGAGGGGCUUUGCCCUUGCGACUGUGGCCAAAUCCCAGCUCCCGGCUGCUCCAGCCCAGAGGCAGCCACAGGCGUUGGUGCAGGCGCUGGGGCUCGGUGCCUGUCCCCACGUGUCGUCGCAGGCAGUGGCCCUUUGGGUACUGGCUGUUGUGUGUAGUUUUCUUAUCGAGAUCGUUAAAACUGUCCCAUGGCUCAGCACCCAGAGGAGGUUCUAUGACCUUUCGUCCGCCCAGCCCACAGCUGGUGCCACUGCCGGGUCCCCCCUUCCCAUGCCGGGACCACCGGGAGCAUGGCCGUGGCUGCUGUUGCAGGUCAAGUUGGACCCAGGCUUUUCCCCCCAAGGAGCUCUUUAGAACUGUUAUUUUGGGGGUUGCUCUCUAUUUAGCAGGACCUGGGAGCUUUUUAGGGAAAGAAGCUGCCCACUGGGGUCAAGGGGAAGUGAAAGGUCCUUAUUCCUUCCCCGGGAAGUCACGGUGUGGUCGGGACCUGCUGCUCCAAGCUUGGGAGGCUCAAAAGGUAAAGAAGGGAUGGAUUUGUGGGGUGAUGCUGUGAUAGCCUGCAGCCAGCAGGGCUGCUUGAGGGGCUCUCUGGCCAGGCUCUGCAGAUGGUUUUUCUGUCCCUAUUCCUGCUCCUCCUGCAGCGAAUGCCAAAAGCUACAGGGGAAAAACCUGCUCUGAGGCAGCCCCAGUUUCUGCUGACAAAGGGCUAAAAUCCCAAGCCCCUUCCCGCUUCGUGUUGAUUUCUCGUGCGUCCAACCCCAUCCUCUGGCAGCUCAGAUCAUCCCCAAGUGUAAGCUGAAGACCUUCAAUUCCAUAAUUGCACCCCUUAAAGUAAAGGAGCAGCUUUCUUAGUGAUGGUAGGGGAUAUUCAUGCUUUUGGUUAAAAGACCUCCUAGGGAAGACCAUGGACCACUGUUGACCAGGGAAGACUCGCCAGUAAGCCUAUGGGAUUUCUGCUUUGGUAUAAGGCGGAGAAAAACUUGGGACCAUGCUAUUCCCUGGCAGCUGCCAUCCGCCACAUACAGCCAUGCGCUUUCUGGUUUUGCUAACCGCUGUCUGAACUGCUUCUCGAAGCACAUUGGAGUUCGUCAGCCUUGUUUCUCUCCCCGAUGGCGUUACAGCCCAGGUCUCUGGUGAAGGCUGCUGACCCUCCCAGCGGUCCUGCGUGAUGUUGAGUGCCAAUGCGUCGUUCUCCAGUGCAGCGUUCGCCGGGGCGGGGAUGCGCCAUGCUUGUUUCCUGCCCUCUUGGAUCCUAAAGCUUGUGAGAAGUGAGAAGUUAGUACUGCCUUUUUCGUCUAGAGGGUUGUGCCUUUUUUUGAAGAAUCAUUUCCGACAGCACCGUUCGCUUCCCAGCUCCUCCCUGCAGGGAAAAGCACACGAAAAAAUGAAUGUGCUUCGCGGAGGGGGCUCUCGCCCUCUGUUUCUGCAGGACAGCAGCACUCCCUUUCUCAGAGGAGACAGCCGCGGGUGUUUUGAAAUGUUUGAGGGGAAAAAAAAAAAAAGCACACACCCUUCUUUA